CGUUGUCACGUCUUCGUUCUCAACGCGUUGCGUUCAUGAAAGAUAUGAGAUUAUUAAAGAAAUAUUUCAAGAAGAAUGAGAGCUCGUUCAUGGAGGCAGCCCGGGCGCAUCUAACAUUGUUGUCGCGACACAAGGAAAUUAUCGAAGGAUUGGAAAAAGAUGUCAAUGUUUUGACUGAAGGAUUUCUACAAAGCAUAGAGACAAUGCAGGAAAACUUCACAGCAUUCAGCGUUAAAAUUUUUGAGAAACAUCACGAAAUAAUGGCAAAUCUUAACCGGGUUGAAAACGCCGCUGAUAAAAUCUUAAAACAAUUAGAAUUGAUUGAAGAAUAUGGUUAUGCGAUUACCAUAAAAAAUGGAUUUUCCUGGUUAACAGCGACUGUCUGGAUUUAUCGCAAGAUUAUAAGUGUUGCUGUUUCGUCGUCUCUAAUUAUCUACGGCUUGGUGCACUUUCGACGCAAAAUAUUGACGUGGCUAAAGUUCGUGUUAAUGGUAUCAACAAUCGUAGGAAUUAUAAUAGAAUAUAAACACGUCAGUCUUGUGUUAGCCACUUGGUUUUUUACUUUAUCUGCAGGUUAGGUUUUAAGAUUUUUUUUCAUAAUUUACAAAUACAAUAAGCUGAGAUGAUUCAUGUCCGGUGGAUACUUCAAAAAAGGAAUUUCUAAGCCGUCUUGGGUUUCUUCUUAACUACUUGAAAACGUUAUUUCAAACAUGGUGGUCGAAUGAAGUUGGAAUUCUGCAUAAGCCUUGAAGAUUUGCAGGCGAAUUACAUGAGAAUUUUUGAGAUAUCAAACUGCUCCUUACUAACUGUUUUGGCAAUUUCUUUUCAGAACUAUUUAUCUGGUUUUUCAAUUGGUUCAUAAACCGAAGAACACAGACAGAAGAUUUACGCAUCACUGAAAAUGAUUCUGACGCGAGUUCAGUAUUGAAUACAAACCCAAGGGACACAAGAGGACGGAGCGGUACCUCGGAUGAUACCAUAGGAAAUGACGACGUGCAUGAAAGCACAAGAAUGAGUGUCAUAGCUGGGUUGCCUACUGUAUCAUUAAGUGGGGUAACAGCGGUCACGUCGAUACAAAGCGGUACAUCUGGGAAUACAGCUAGUACUCCAUCCCCUUCCUUAUAUUUUGGUGACCAAUAUCUACACACCGCAAUAAGAGAUAGUGGUAGUUCUUUAGUAGAACAGGAAGGAACAAGUGGAGAUAAUAAAAUACCAAUGACAAGGGGUAACAUGGAACACGAUAGUACAAGUGACGUCUUUUGGGAUGAUAAGAUACAAAAUUUCGGGAGGAGUGGAAUAGAAGGAAGAACUGCAGAGGUCAAACUAGGAGGACAUCGUGAUAUACAAACUCGUAGUAUGGGUAAUGAUAGGGAUGUUGAGGACAGGAAUUAUGGGAGUAAAAGUGUACAAACGACUACAGUAUGCGACGGUGAGGGGCAAUCAAGACCGAGUAAUGACAUGGCAAUACAAACCAGUACACAAAGUGAUAGCGAAGUACAGACAGGACCAAGCGAUGAUAUAUUUGUACAAAAGAGUAAAACGGGUGAUAGAACUGUUCAAACCGAUGCAAAAGCGACUGGGGAACGAACGGAAACAAGGGACGACAAUAAGAUUCACACAGUUACACCUAAUGAUAGGAUUGUUAGGACAAGUUCUGAGGGUGGUAACGAGGUACAGACAGAUUUACAGAAUGAUAUUGGGGUGCAAACGAGUACAAGUUGUGAUAGAGAAGUACAAACAGGUCAACACAGUGCUCUUAGAGCAAAGACAGAAAGUAGUUAUUCCCAAACUGAUACCGAAGUGCAGACGAGAACAAGAAGUGACAGUUCUGUACAAACUGGUACAAACAAUGAUCAAAGAUAUGGGAUAACAUAUGAUAAUAGGGUACCUCAUUCAGGAAUGCAAAAUGAACCGAUAGGGAGUCAGUCAAGACAGAAUAGGACAAUUGUGAACAUUGGAGAUGAUUUUGGCAACUCUGGAAGACGAAGUAGACCAUCGAGUCCUUUUUUACCGAUUACAGAUCUUGCAUUGACAGACACAGAUGGACUGAGGAGAGUAUCUCAGGACAUUUUAGGCAAUGCAGGAUCAUUAGGCGAUUUUGACUCUAUUCAAGUUGGUUUACAGAUAAACAGAAAUGGAAGUGGAAGGCAGAGAAGAGAAUGCGGGUUAGUGACAUUACAGGGUACUCCCUGCCGACGUCGUGUGAGAUCAGGGCGAUGUUAUAUUCAUAGAUAUUCAUCACGAUAAAAUUUCUUGUGUAAUACAAACAUUGCUGGUUUACUUUUUAAAUUAAUAU